AUGAAUUUUAUAAAAUGCAAUUUGCAAGAACCGUCUUUUAUUGCCGAUACUAAUUGGCGGCGCACUCGUUUUCGGGUGAUUGGAGCUAUGGAAGAAACUGUUAUUCCUAUCUCCGUCGACUAUCACAAAAUGAAAGUAAUACCUACGGACGGGUACCUUACAGAACCAUGUGACGUUGACUAUCUGCAUUUACAUGCAGGUGAGCGUUACGACUUUAUUUUGUGGCAACGUUCCGAUAUUGAAAGAAGCGAAAGUGUUUUUCCAAUUCGAAUCGAGGCCAUUGCAGUGUACUGUAAAAACCAUUAUCAACCUGAACGUGUUGGCAUUGCGUACCUGAAACACUCCCAAUAUGCAUCCCAGAGCCAAUUUAAAAAUGGUCGUUGUUUUGAAAGCUGCAUAUCAUUGAAUUGCCUUAGGUUUAAGUUUCCGAACACACCUUUUGCAGUGAAAAGCAACACUCGAGCAGAAGGUGAAUGUCCUUAUAGCACGAUUGAGAACUGUAACACACCAUGCCCUCAUUCAGUUAACAUCACGCAUGGAGACAAUUCGAAAACAGUGAAAUUUGUGCUCUCCUCAGUUUGGGGUGGCCCAAGAAAACCUAUGGAUGACAUAAUCACAAAGCUCUUAACACAUCCUAUUCAAAUGCAUGGUCAUUCAUUCUGGGUGACAAUAAUUGCCUACCUAACAUAUUCCAACGGACCAAGGAACAAAAUGACGAUGAUGAGGAACAAAAUGACGAUGUAA